AUGGAAAAUACAAAGAUUGUAUUGUUCAUCACACUGAUCACUUUUGCUCGUACACCUUCUCUUGUGUUUGGCAACUCAGAAAAUACUAAACAAAAUUUUCCAGCCAUUCUUGUGUUUGGGGACUCAACAGUUGAUACAGGCAAUAACAACUUCAUAAACACAUUAUUUAAAGCAAAUUUCCUACCCUACGGACAGGACUUCCCAGGACAUAUCCCUACAGGAAGGUUCUGUGAUGGGAAACUUGUCCCUGACCUUAUAGCUUCUUUUUUGGGCAUCAAAGAUCUUGUCCCUCCUUACUUGGAUCCUAGGUUGUCGGACGAUGAGAUCAAGACAGGUGUCAGUUUUGCAUCAGCCGGCUCCGGUUACGAUGACUUAACGACUAUCAUAUCAAAUGUGAUUCCAGCUUCUACCGAAGUUGAUAUGUUGAAGAGUUACAUAAAGAGGCUCAACAGCAUUGUGGGAGAGGAAGAAGCAAAAAAGAUUGUUGAAGGUGCAUUGGUUCUUGUAAGUGCAGGAACAAACGACUUCGUUUUUAGCUUUUAUGACCUUCCCACAAGAUCAUCCGAGUUCAACAUCACUGGGUAUCAGUCUUUUUUGCUAGACAAGCUACAAAAACUUAUUAAGAAUAUAUAUGAUCUGGGAUGCCGGACAAUAGUGAUAACUGGGGUGCCUCCAAUCGGCUGCUUGCCAAUUCAAAUGACAAUAAAAUUUGAGGCCCAAGAAUUUAGAACAUGUAUGGAGAAUCAGAAUUCAGAUGCCGAAUCUUACAAUGCAAAGCUUCAAAAUUUGUUGCCUCAAUGGCAGGCUUCUCUUCCGGGCACCAGACUCUUCUAUGCGGACAUCUACGGGCCCCUAUAUGAUAUGAUGAACAACCCUCAAAACUACGGAUUUGUAGAAACAAAGAAAGGAUGUUGCGGGACUGGACUAGUGGAGGCAUCAUUCCUGUGUAAUACGCUGACUCCAGUAUGCGGAAAUCCUCAGCAGUUUCUAUUCUGGGACAGCAUUCAUCCCUCCCAAGCAGCUUACUCUUUUCUUGCUAAAAACCUUACUCAAGCUUUCUUAACCCAAUUAAAUUAA